AAAACGACUUUUACCCAUCCGCAUCCAACAUCAACCGGGAGCCAACGGACGACGUUAAAACCUGUCAGAUUUCUCACAUAAAUGUUCCUAUGGAUUACUAAUACACUUUCGUCGAAAAACAGAAGUGUUUCUCAACUUGACAGCAUAGCCUCAGAUUCGUUACACUGGUCACCUAGAGGACUCAUUGAGAGAUGAAGACUCUGGAGGAGCCCCCCUACUUGACAGUAGGGACGGAUGUGAGUGCCAAAUACCGAGGGGCUUUCUGUGAGGCCAAGAUUAAGACUGCCAAGAGGCUAGUCAAGGCCAAGGUGACCUUUAAACCAGAUCUGUCCACAGCUGAGGUUCAUGAUGAAAACAUCAAAGGACCGCUAAAGGUGGGUGCUGUAGUGGAGGUGAAGAAUCAGGAUGGAGUUUAUCAAGAGGCCACAAUCAACAAGCUGACUGAUGCUAGUAUAUAUACUGUUGUGUUUGACGAUGGCGAUGAGAAGACCCUGAGGCGUUCCUCUCUCUGCCUGAAAGGAGCGCGUCACUUUGCAGAGAGCGAGACACUUGACAGACUCCCUCUCACCAACCCCGAGCACUUUGGCACGCCCGUCAUCGGCAAGAAGGGCAACCGCGGCCGACGAUCGAACCCAAUUCAAGAAGAGGAGCUGUCUUCAUCCUCCAGCGAAGAGGAGGAGAGCGAUCAACGGCAGAAUGAGGAUCUGUUCGGCAAAGUGGUCUGUGUGGAGGGGGUCGCCACGGGGGACAAAAAGAAGACCACGUGGUACCCUGCUCUGGUCAUCUCCCCGGACUGCCACGAAGACGUGACUAUGAAGAAGGACAACAUCUUCGUCCGCUCCUUCAAGGAUGGAAAAUUUUACAUGGUGCUGCGAAAGGACGUCCGCGAGAUGAACAGCGACUGUCCUCCAAAAGCCGACGCAGGGCUCAAACCAGCGCUGGACGCAGCCUUUGAGUUCCAGCAGCAGCUGGUCGUGCCCGGCACCUGGAAGACGGAGGUGAAAGAGGAGAGUUCCAGCAGCGAGGAGGACGACGAGGAUGACGAGGAGGAGCAGGAGGAAGAUGCCAGCGGCGAAGAGGAGGAGGAGGAAGUGGAGCCGUUCCCAGAGGAGAGGGAGAACUUUCUGCAGCAGCUCUACAAGUUCAUGGAGGACAGGGGAACGCCCAUCAACAAGCGGCCUGUUCUGGGCUACAGGAACCUGAACCUGUUCAAGCUCUACAGGCUGGUGCACAAACUGGGAGGCUUUGACAACAUUGAAAGCGGCUCCGUUUGGAAGCAAGUCUAUCAGGAUCUGGGAAUCCCUGUGCUUAACUCAGCCGCUGGCUACAAUGUCAAAUGUGCUUACCGCAAGUACCUGUACGGAUUUGAGGAAUACUGCACUUCCACCGCCAUCACCUUCAGGAUGGACCUCCCUUUGAAGCAGGGUCCCAAGGGGGAGGUGAAGUCUGAGGGGGAAGCGGGAGGUGCAGCUCCCACAUCCUCCAGCUCGGAGGAGCAGAAAGCCCAGGUGGAUGAAGAACCUUCCAGUGCACAGUCUGUAGUCAGCAAGGAGGAGAAACCCGAUUCGACCCGGACCAAAACAGAGUCCGAACCGCCAAAAACGGAGGGAAAGGACGGCGCAAACGACGACGAUGACGAAGAAGAGGCCGCCCGCAAGGGAGACGCAGACGAGGGCUCGUCGACUGCUCAUCUCGGAGCCGAGAUCGUGAAACAGGAGCACGACGAGGAGCAGGAGAGCAAGGACAACUCUGGGGAUGACAGCAGUCAGGAGGGGGAGGAGGGGGAGGAGUUUGAGUGUUACCCCCCGGGGAUGAAGGUGCAGGUGAGGUAUGGGCGAGGCCGCAAUCUGAAGACGUACGAGGCCACUGUGAAAGAGGCAGACGUGGAGGGGGGAGAGGUGCUCUACCUGGUGCACUACUGUGGCUGGAACGUCAGAUAUGAUGAAUGGAUCAAAGCAGACAAGAUUGUCCGCCCCGCCAAUAAGAACGUACCAAAAAUAAAGCACCGCAAAAAAAUAAAGAACAAAGCCGAGAGGGAGCGAGACCGACUGGAGAGGCUCAACGACAGAGAAGUCCUCGGCCCUUCGCCCAACACUAACCGCGUUCCACGCUCCAAAUGUGGCCUGAGUCAGGAUGUCUUUUCCAAGAUGGACGAGGGUGAGGACAAAGGGACUCAGCAGUCUCCAGUCAAGUCUAUAGAAAUUACCUCUAUCCUCAAUGGCCUGCAAGCCUCUGAGAUGUCUACAGACGAGAGUGAGCACGAGGAUGAGGAGGGAGAGCAGAACGAGGAGGAUCGCCCGGGUUGCAGAGGCAGCCUCAGAAAGGCCCCGCCAGAGACGCCGCAAACAUCAGAGCGUUGGGAGGGCGGGACUCCACCUGAGGCAUCCAAACCUUCUCCUCCAGUCUCAGGGAAGAACCAGGAUUCAGUCGGUGCAGAGAGUGCAGACGCUGGGAAGCGCAAGAGUCAGCCUGAGCUGGAGGGAGAGGCGAGCACCAGGAAGAGGAAAUCUGACGGCGCUGCGGCAGAGAGGCCCCCGAAAGGCCAGUCCAAAGCUAAGACGAGGAACACCAGGAGUGCUGACUGGUUACCUGGAGGCUCUCCCAGGAAGCUGGAGGAGAGAGCGGCCGGUCCCGGGGAGGAGAGGGGGGCGUCGUCUAACAGCAGUUCGGAUGACGAGGGUGCAGCGCUGACCGAGUCCCAGGCCGAGGAAAGUCAGCGAAGCCGCCCUAAAACCAAAGGUUCCCCUUCUAAGAAGUACAACGGGAUAAAGGAGAAGAACAAAGCUGGCAGACAAGGUGGAUUCUGGGAGAUUCCUGAAAAGAGGGCCAAAACAUCUGGGAAUGCAGAGGAGAGGCCUGCCGUCCGCUCUAAAGGACAAAAGGAUGUGUGGUCUAGCAUCCAGGCCCAGUGGCCGAAGAAAACUCUCAAAGAGUUGUUCUCCGACUCGGACACGGAGGCCGCAAAUUCUCCUCCCCCGCCUGUCCCCUCAUGCCUGGAGGAGCCGAGUGCCGAACAGGACGCCGGACCUGAGGACGAGGCCUCAGAGGAGCCGAUGGAGAACGACAAACUACAGGAGUUUCCGAGCAGCGGGAGCAACUCUGUACUCAACACACCACCAACAACGCCCGAGUCCCCGUCGGGAGGAGGCAGCGCCGUGGAGGACUCCGGUCAAGCGCAGCCUUCCUCCCCACCACCGUCCGUACCCGCGGCCUUGCCUUCAGAGCCGGUUUCUGACGCUCUCCCCCCAGGACCCAUCCAGGAGGAGGUGGCAGGCGGGCGCAGCGAGACGGACAGCAGCACGGUGGAGGUGGAGAGUCUGGGCGGGGAGCUGCAAGACCUCCCUCAGGACGAAGGGGCAGGUUCCCCCUCAAAGGUGUUUGACGUCAGCCUCUCCUGCAACAGCAGCAGCAGCUGCAGCCUAGAGCUGAGCAGCAGCAGCCAACAGGAGAGCGAACAGAAGUCCAAAGCAUCUGUGAGUCAGAAGCGGCAGAAAGAGUCGCAGACAGGUGGAGCCUCAAAGAAACACAAGCCAAACCGCAAGAGCCUAGGUGUGCCUCCCAAAAAGAAUAGGAAAACAGCCAACAGCAGUGACAGUGAGGACCAGUCUGUUGUUGAGGGCACUGCCAAAUCAACUGCCUCUAAGAACAACGCAUCAGAUGUGAAGGCUGCCACUUCGCCCAAGUGUCACGGACGAUCUCCACCCUCGAGCCAUAAGUACCACAAGCAGGGUGACGCCGACCACGGCCAGCACCGAGACAACCACGGAAGAUCGCCACGUGUGUACAAGUGGAGCUUCCAGAUGUCUGACCUGGAGAAGAUGAGCAGUUUGGAGAGGAUUUCGUUUCUUCAAGAGAAGCUGCAGGACAUCAGGAACCACUACCUCUCCCUCAAGUCUGAGGUGGCCUCUAUCGACAGACGACGAAAACGCAUGAAGAAGAAGGAACGGGAAAGCACAGUGGCUGCUUCCUCUUCCUCCUCCUCCUCCUCCUCGCCGUCCUCCAGCUCGCUGACCGCGGCGGUCAUGCUGACCCUGGCCGACCCUCCGGUGUCCUCCUCCUCCUCCUCCUCUCAGAACUCUGGGGUAUCAGUGGAGUGCAGGUGACAGGACAAAACCAGCAAGGAGCCACCGCACUAAGCACUUAACCAGCACCCUGGGGUCACCGCCCCCGUUUCCUUCCAACAGGACGGACAACUCAACCUACAUACUGUAACUACUGGGGCACAAAAACCAGACCAGAGACAAAAAAUAACAAGAAACAAGCACUAUUUUCUAUUGACAACUGUUUCCUUGGCAAGCUAAUGGCACUUAAGUGCACUUUUAUGAAGAUUGUGUAGGGGGAAGAAAUUUGUCAAAAAAAAAAACCAAAACAACAAAAAACAAAAUUGUCUUUUGCGCUCUCCUUAAUUGAACAUUUAUAAGAAUUGUUUUUGCAAGCAAUAAUUGUUUCCAUUUGAUAAAGUCGUAUUGGUAAGGGAUGAUUUCCAGUGAAGACCCCUCUGUGCUCUGUCCUCAUAGCUCAGUGUGGUGCAGCCAUGUUGUUGUUAUUAUGGGGAAUUCAGAGGAACACUGCCACAUUGGCAUUAAAGGGCAUAUGAAAUGUAACUUUGCCACGUUUCUCUGUCCACCCUCAUUAUUUAAAAAUAAAAAGGCCUUUGUGUGGUUUAAACCUCGAGCGGUUGACGUUGCUCUCCUCAUGCACAGGCCACUCGGUCCUGUACGUGUUUCCAUUGAGUCAUAUAUAUAUAUAUAUAUAUAUAUAUAUAUAUAUAUAUAUAUAUAUAUACGCCACCUUUAUAUUAUAUAUAUAUAUAAUAUAAUAUAAAGGUGGCGAUAUAGAGAGAGGGUUUCAGACCAUCAUAGCUCCACUGACAAGCCUCAGUGGGUGAAUAUGGAAUGAUACUGUAGUGCCUUUUUUUGUUCUUUUCCAUGGGGCACUUUGAGAAAGGACAGUGCUUUUUUGUUUUUUUGUUCCUGAUCCUCUUCUCAAAUCAGAGGGUCGACUGGAAAAAUGUGUCCCUUACGAAAGACUGAAGAAUGCUGUGUGAGUGAGGAGGCAUCGAAGGGCUGAGUCUGACCGAUAAUGAUGGUUUUUAUCAGCGAUAUUUAGAAACUGGAUCACCUGUAAUCGACUACUGAAUACUCAUCCAUUUGGGUACAAACUAAUUGAGUAUGGCAGUGAAAAAAAUGUGCAAUGACAGUCCCAUUACUUCAGUUUGUCAACUUCACGUUAUUAUGUUUUUCAUCACAUAACACAUAACACCCCCUUCCUCCGCCCUUAGUCCCAUCAUCUUCACCGAAGAUUCGAUGGUGCUCAUUUGCAACUGGAUCUUGCAGCUUGAAGGAGGUAUUAACAGCAUGUUCUCAGUGCACACGAAUGAAGCUGAAAUUCCACAUUUGCAGUGUUUCACCUAACAUAAAGUUAUUCAACUAAGUACAUUUGUUUUUUUCCUUUUUGCUCCAUCAAAUAAAGCAUCUAAUUUUUACUCAUCAGUAACGACGCGCCAGCUUCCUCUCAUGCUCAUCCCCUACCAAAAAAUGUUUGGUUCCGUUUCCUGUACUAUGACCAGAUUAAAGGUAAAGAUAUUGUAAAUGUGCAUUUAUAUCAUAAAGUGACGUAUGUGUAUACAUUUCUGAAGACAUCUCCAGUGUUUCCUUUGUAUAGACCCCCACUGUAUGAUAACCUGAAGUUGCGUUUUGUUUGGCACUUGUAUGUAAUUGUAUGCUUUUGUUAUACAUUUGUAUAUUGAGAAGUGUUUUAAGUCAAGCUAUUUAAUAUCUUGCACUGUUAAUAACAUGUACUUUUCUGUACAGACAGUUUUACGGUUUUAACUGUAGUUUUGAGUGUAAAUACUGAGGGUUACAGCAUGUUUGUUCUCCCCUCCCCCUUUGUCCUCAUUCUUGUUCUCCUGUAGGAACAGAUUUAUUUCACUUUAUGUUCUGUUCUGCCCUCUUUCAUCAGUUUCAGUAGUCUCUUUUUUCUUUCUUCCUCUUUUUUUAGUUUCCUGUUUCGCUUUAGUUUGUAUUCUGUUUUUGUUUUUCUAUAGCUUGUUGCUUGUAAGAGGAGAAUGAUGGGGGUUUUUUUUUUGGAUGGACUGUUUUCCGACCUGUACAUGGCCUGAAGCUAAAGCUGUAUGAACCUGUAUAUGGAAAAUGGUGUGGAUCAUAGAUAAAGAGAAAGUAAUGGAGCUUAUUGAAAAAUGCUCAAUAGUAUUUAUUAGGCUCAUCUGAUGAUGGUCAUUGUGUAAUUUAUUGUAAAAAUGUAAGCAAAGCAGAAGCCUCUGUUUGAAAUAAAUGCCAUAGUUUGUGAAGUA